AUGAAAUUCGCCUCCGAGGAGACAGUGUUCAUUACUAUCAUCAUUGCAGCCAUCGUGUCUUUGCAAGGGGUAAGAAGUCAGUCAUCCUCUCCUGAAUGGCACCGACUGGAUGACGCAGUCUAUCUAGUGGAUAACAUCACCCUAGAAGGGUACGAUGAGGCGCAGGCUCGCUGUCGAGGUUACGGAGCGAAUCUAGCAAGGAUUGACUCAGACGAGAUCCAGAGCAACAGUGUUGCUCUGGAAGCGUCACUUGCUGACGUAGAAAUAGCUGCGUCGGCGGCUUACACUGUGACACAGUCUUUGACGCAAAAUGACAGGAAUUUCUUGACAUCCUUCAUCCCUGUGCCCGAUACUCGAGGAGAAUGGUGCUUUUGGAUUGGUUGCAAUGACAGAGAGGUCGAGGGUCAAUUCAGAUGGCUUGACGGCACACCAGUGAUAUACGAUGGUUGGGCGCCAAAGGAACCGAACAAUGAUGCAGCUCCUGGAGAUGAAAAUUAUAAUUUCCAUCUCAUGACCCUUCGAACUAAUCCCGGUUUCGCUAGUGUCUACUGCGCCGUCGACGUCGAAAUCGAAGGAGAAACACUGUCUCCUGAUAACGUCACGCUAUCCAUCGGUCAAAAUCUCUCCUCAUCGAAACCGAUUUCCUUCUCAUCGACGAGUCUUGACGGUGAAUUCCGUAAUAAUAGUUUCCUUCUUGACGACGUGAACGAAGAUGACCAAAUCUUCUGCUACGCAGGUGAACUGCCAGACAAAGAUGGAUCAUUUUCACUGGCUACUUUUUCUCCUGUAUUAGAUUUUUACGCUUUACCAGAGCUACCAUCCGGCCCAACAGUCGGAGAGAUCAGCUCGUCAUCAUCAGUCACUGUCUCCUGGAGCUCUUGGAUACCUUUUAUGGACUCUGGCGACGGACCAGUUGUUGCUUACCUUAUCUAUCAGCAAACUAUGGGAGAGGAAUGGAUAGUGGUUGGUAGCAUCGACUCUAGUUUGGGAGAUGGCGAUCUUCAACGAAUAAUGGAAUUUGUAUUGACUGAUUUAGAACUAGGAACAGAAUACAAUGUUAGUGUAUCUGCCGUCAGAGAAGGUCCCGGCGGAGAAGGACCAAGAAGUCCACUUGUGACUGUUACGACUCCUACCCUUGGUGAGUCGUGA